AUGUGUGCAUCUCCCAGCGGCGGCUUCCCUCUCCACCAGCGCAAGCGCGCCGGAUCCCGCGGCGGGCGGCGCAAGCCCGAGUUCUUCGAGCCGCGCGGUCCCGCAGAUGCCGGCGUUCGACCACGUGCCGGCGCCGUACACGGGGCCGCGCGCGGAGGAGGUGCUGAAGAAGCGACGCCAGUUCCUCAACCCGACCAUUUUCGCCUACUACAAGAAACCGCCCUUCCCCCGCUACCCCCCUCUUCCCCCCUUUCCUUGUCAGCAACACGUGCCGGUGAGGUGACCGCAGAGCCUCUACUAAGUCGAGGACGGCUGCGGUGCCUCCAGGACGCACAUACUAGCCAGUCUGACACCCCCCCUCCCUCCACCACCCUCCCCCGUAUUCCCCCUCCACCCACCCAAACCCCCCACCCCUCCUUCCCCGUGCCAGCUGCACGUGGUAGAGGGGCGCAUGCAGCACCUCUACACGUGGUGGAGGGGCGCAUGCAGUACCUGUUCGACGAGGACGGGCGGCGGUAUUUGGAUGCAUUCGCGGGCAUAGUGACGGUGUCGGUGGGGCACUGCCACCCGGCGUUCGUGGCGGCGGUGGCGCGGCAGAACGCGCUGCUGCAGCACACGACGAGCAUCUACCUCAACCACCAGAUCGCCGAAUACGCGGAGGAGCUCGCUGCCAAGAUGCCCAGCGACCUCAAGAAUGUGUACUUUGUGAAUUCAGGCUCAGAGGCGAACGACAUGGCACUCACCAUGGCGCGGCUGUACACGGGCAACUACGACGUGGUUGCUCUGCGCAACGCGUACCACGGCAUGUCCCCUGCUACCAUGGGGCUCACCGCCCACAGCACGUGGAAGUUCAACGUUCCUCAGGGCUUUGGCAUUCACCACGCACUCAACCCCGACCCUUACAGGGGCGUAUUUGGUGCUGACGCUGCAAAGUACGCUGCUGACGUGGACGACCUUAUCCGCUCGUCCACAUCAGGCCGCGUGGCCGGCUUCAUCGCCGAGACCAUCCAGGGGGUGGGCGGCACAGUGCCUCUGACACGUGGCUACCUGCCAUUGGUGUACGAGUCGAUCCGGGCGGCGGGGGGCGUGUGCAUAGCGGACGAGGUGCAGACGGGGUUUGGGCGCACGGGGUGGCACUACUGGGGGUUCGAGACACAGGGGGUCACUCCCGACAUUGUUACUAUGGCCAAGGGCAUAGGCAACGGGUUACCCCUGGCAGCGGUGGUAACCACACCGGAGAUCGCAGCAGUGAUGGCGCAGCGGCUGCACUUCAACACAUUCGGAGGGAACCCCGUGAGCUGUGCUGGCGGGCGGGCAGUGCUGCAGAUUAUCGAGGACGAGGGGCUGCAGGGGAACUGCGCUCAUGUGGGGGGAUACCUGCUGGGGAAACUUCAAGCACUUAAGGGGAAACACGAGGUGAUUGGCGACGUGAGAGGUGCGGGGCUGAUGCUGGGGGUGGAGCUGGUCACAGACCGGGCGGCCAAGACCCCCGCCAAGGCCGAGACACUUCAGUCCUUCGAGCGGCUUAAAGAUCUGGGCGUGCUAGUGGGCAAGGGAGGGCACUACGGGAAUGUGUUCCGCAUCAAGCCACCCAUGUGCUUCACCACGGCCGAUGCUGGUACGCACCUCAUGCAAACCAUGCACCUGAUGGGAGGAGGGUAUGAUGGCAGGGGGUGA